AUGAAUGACAUUUUCCCUAACGAUGAAAAUUUCAACAACUAUGUUCUUCCAUGUCCAAAACGACAAAAACUAGGUUAUGAAGAAGAAAACCAACAAGAGCUUUUGAACUCAUGCAAUUAUUUUGUGGAUGAGUUUAUAGCGAACCCUUUUACUACUUCCUUUGAAGCGGAAGCAUUUUCGGGUUCGAAUAUGGUUGAUGUUAAUGUGCAAUGUGAGAAGAAGGUUAGUGAAAGGAGUAUCUCGACUCAGAGUAUUGCGGCGAGAGAAAGAAGAAGGAAGAUAUUUGAGAAGACACAAGAGCUUGGGAAGUUGGUUCCUGGUGGACCUAAGAUGAACACUGCUGAGAUGCUUAAUGUUGCUUCUAAUUAUGUUAGGUUUCUUCAAGCUCAAGUUGGAAUGCUUCAACUUAUGGAAACUUUCAGCAAGGAAGAAAAGGAACCUCCUCCUCCAAGUGAAGAACUACACAAACUAGUUAUUUCUCCUUUUGUUCAAGAGAAGUUGUAUUCAGAAGAAAAGUGUUAUAUUUCAAAAGAGAUUGUCACCACAUUGAGCAACAAUGUUGAUGUUAGGUCAAAACCUCCAAUCCUUCAAGGUCUUAAACAACUUGUUGGAGCAUAG